CUUUAAUUCCUUCAAUUAAUAUUGCCUUUGGCUUGAUAGAAUUAUUAAUAAAGUCUUAUGCAUACUAUCAAGUACAUUUGGUUUAUUUAAAAAAAAAACCGUGUUAAUCGAAAAAUUUACUACAUAUUUGUUUUUCCAGAUAAAUAAUAGUAAAAAUAAUCAAGAAUCGACCAACCGGCGAAAAAAUAUUUGAUUUCCACGUUUGCGCUGGUUAGACGAAGAUUUUCAGCUUAAAACCCAUUAUCCAAAGACAGUGCGUGACUUAGGACUUCUUAACCUUUUAUAAUACUGGAAAUAUAUAAUAUGGGCGCAUACCUGUCACAACCAAAGACGGAUAAAGCGUCCACAGAUGAAUUCAAUGAUUGGCUUGUUGUGGGUGCCAGCUCCAUGCAGGGAUGGCGGAACAGCCAAGAGGAUGCACACAAUUCUAUUUUAAAUUUCGACAAAAAUACCUCUUUAUUUGCCGUGUAUGAUGGACACGGCGGUGCGGAGGUAGCGCAAUAUUGUGCCGAUAAGUUUCCAGAGUUUCUCAAAAACCUUGAAAGUUAUAAAAAUGGACAAUUUGAAGUAGCACUCAAAGAUGCAUUUUUGGGAUUUGACAAAACGCUGCUAGAUUCAUCAGUAGUCGGCAUACUAAAAGUAUUGGCAGGAGAACAUAACCUCGUGGAUGAUGAGGAAGUAGAUUACGGAGAUGAUGAAGAUUUGGCUGAGUUGCAAGAGGAGAGCAAUUUGCCACUUAACGAAGUUUUAGAAAAAUAUAAAGGGCUGCCGCAGGCACACAAUUUGGACAAUUCGAAACCGGGGAAUGAAAAGAAUUUAAAUUUGUUUUCGUCGUACUUGCGCGGUCGUCGAGCUGCAGCUCUAGCUGCCGAAGCUGUUAAUAAGGCCGUAAUGGACCCCGCAGCUGAGCCAGAAGGUUCUUCUACUUCAGCAGCAGCUGCUGCAGUAUCAGCCUUAAGAGAGUUUGACUAUCAUGGGCCUAGCUAUGAAAAGAAGGCAAUACAUAACCCACAAUACGAACCAACUGUCAGCAUUACCCACGCCAGCAAUACAAACCAGUUAUGCGACGAUGAUAAUCAAAUCGGGCAAUCGAAUGAGAUGAAUUUAAAGCAAGAGGUGUUAACUUCUUCAGAGCCUAUGGGAACAAUGACAUAUGAGAAGGCAAACACCACCGAAUCAACUAAAUUACUCAAAUAUGGGUCUAACGAUAUCAGCAAGGAAAAUCAAAAUGGACAAUCCUUUAGAAGCGAGGACAGCAGCAAGAAAACUGAAAAACUGGACAAAACAAAUAGUUCUCAAGAUGAUGAGUCAACAGAUGAUGAUGACUAUGAAGAAAAUGACUUGGUCGGGAGUCCCGAUAUUUCCUCUGAAGAAAGCUCCGAGGACUGCAAUGCAAACGAUGAUGAUGAUGAGACGGAUGAAGAUCUGAGGGCUAAUGAUAAUUUCUGCGCCAACAUGAUUGAAGAACCUGGCAAAGAUAGUGGAUGUACUGCUGUUGUCAGUUUGUUACAUGGUCGAGAUCUGUAUGUAGCAAACGCUGGAGACUCGCGAUGUGUCAUAUCCCGCAAUGGUCGAGCUAUCGAAAUGAGCCUUGAUCACAAGCCUGAAGAUGACGAAGAAGCUUCGCGCAUUAUUAGGGCAGGUGGCCGCGUCACUCUUGACGGUAGGGUAAACGGUGGCUUAAAUUUGUCUCGAGCCCUUGGAGACCACGCUUACAAAACCAAUCUUGAACUGCCAGCUGAAGAACAAAUGAUAUCUGCUUUACCCGACAUCAAGAAACUAAUUAUCACGCCAGAGGACGAGUUUAUGGUUUUGGCUUGUGAUGGUAUAUGGAACUAUAUGUCCAGUAAGGAAGUCAUUGAUUUUGUACGGUUCAGAUUAAAAGAUAAAAGCAAAAAAUUAUCGAAAAUUUGUGAAGAGCUUUUUGAUAACUGUUUAGCUCCUAAUACAAUGGGUGAUGGGACCGGUUGCGACAACAUGACUGCUGUGAUUGUAAGGUUUAAGGAACAGCUACAAGAGCUACAGGCUCCAAUCGAAGCUGAAAAUUUUUAUACGCCAAUGGAAAAGGUAUCGAAAACUGAUCACAGUGUGGUAAAGCGGCGCGCUUCGCAAGAUACCGUCGCUGGAGACACAAAUUUAGGAAAAAAAAGUAAACCUAAACGCUUGAAAAGCAACACAGAUGAUAACGAAAGCCGUACCAUGAAUCCCUUAUAAGUCGCUAUUGUUAUUUAUUAUUGACUUUCAAAAGCGCUAUCGAUAUAUUUAACAUCUGAUUAUACCGUACAUUUAAAUAGUAAUAAUUACCUACAUUUUAUUUAACUAAGUACUACCUAAUUCUUUCUUUAAUGACUAUACAGAUCAAUUGAAGUUAAAUUAUUCACAUUAAUCUGAAUUUUAGGAAUAUGUACAUCAAAUUAAACUAUCUUGCAAAAUAAAAUUCAUGUUCUGCUUCCGAA